UGAUGACAUAAUUGUUUUUCAAGAAAUAAGAAUCCAUAAUUGUUUUUCAAGAAGAUGAUGACAUUCCAAGAAGAUGAUGACUUUCCCUCCCCCUCUUUCUCACUUAUCCACGAAUUUGACACGUUCAUCGUCUUUUCCUUUUCUCCACGUGUGUGACAUCUUUCUCUGCAAUAAACUUUAAAAUAAAUGUCGACAACAUGCACGCUAUCCCGACCUAACGCCUUCAAUUCGCCAUUGUUUUCUGUACCCACUUCCAAAAACUUCCGCUCUCAUUCCAAUCUCGAUUCUGUACUCCCCUCGUUCAAGAAUCCCCCCGAUUUCACAGAUUUCGAUCACUCAAAUCUCUAGGUUACUAAAUUCCAUAGUUUGCGAUCAAAGAAAAUGUCUUCCCCUAGCAAGAGGAGAGAAAUGGAUGUCAUGAAGUUGAUGAUGAGCGAUUACAUCGUGGAUACACCAAAUGAUAGGCUUAAUGAAUUUAGUGUGGAAUUUCAUGGGCCAAAAGAAAGUUUUUAUGAGGGUGGUGUGUGGAAAGUUCGUGUUGAGCUGCCGGAUGCAUAUCCAUACAAGUCUCCUUCAAUUGGAUUCGUGAACAAAAUCUUCCACCCUAAUGUCGACGAGCUGUCUGGAUCGGUUUGCUUGGAUGUCAUAAACCAGUCAUGGAGUCCAAUGUUCGAUCUUUUAAACAUUUUCGAAGUCUUUCUUCCUCAGCUCUUGUUAUACCCAAAUCCAUCGGAUCCACUCAAUGGAGAUGCUGCUUCAUUGAUGAUGAAGGACAAGAAGCAGUACGAAGAAAAAGUUAAAGAGUACUGUGAGCGUUACGCAAAGAACAAUGGCAAAUCCGUAGCUGAAGAAGAUGACAGCGGUGAGGAUGAAAUCAGUGACGGACAGUACACUUCCAGCGAUGAUGAAAUUCCAGAUAGCCUGCAUAGACCAAGCCAAGAUUAG